UGGUUUCUCCAUGGUUGUACCUUUGUGUUUGAUCAAGGGUUAGAGAUUGGUGUGUGAUCCGAUCGACACUCUGUGGCGAGAAGUCCGAGUGGGUUUUUUAUUAUCUAGUUUUCUUAUUGAAUCUCUUCUUCAGCAGUUCAGGUAAGUGAUCUAACUUUUCUGCAGAUUUCUUGGUUAAACUUUUCAGUAUCAAGUCUUAUAUAUGCUGCUGUAUGGUGUGGAGAUUUGCCUGAGCUUCAAAUGCUUCGGAACCUAUUUGGAGAGCGCUAUGGGCAUAAAUUCAUCAUUACUGCUGUUGAAUUGCUCCCAGGGAAUCUUGUGAACUCUCAGAUAAUUGAGAAGCACCGCAUAAAUUUAAUUUCAGAUGAUGUGAAGCUUGGUUUGUUGGAUGGAAUAGCUAAGGAUUACAGCAUUCGAUGGAAAACUACUAGGAUAAUGGAAAGGCUUGAACUCCAAAACCAGCAGAUAUAUAAUCUUCCUUUGGAAAAUGGGGGACCUCAUGGUCAAGUCGAUGAGAGAGAGAUCCAAGUUAUCUAUCCCAGCGAAGGAAUUGAUAUAACAGCUUCAAAUUAUGAAGAUACUCAAGGAAAAGCACUUCCUAGCUCAUUACCAGUUUGCGAGAAUUUUCAGUCUCCCAACAAUUUGAAUAUUACCCAAAGUUCCUCCAGUGCUAUCAUUGUUGCACAACCUUGGACAGUUACUAUAAAUUCUUCUCUCUCUACCUCAAGUCAUAGAAAUGCAGUCGAAGCAGAGAAGAAUGGAGAACUGGAUCCUUCCUUCAAACCCAGAAUGACACCUAAACCAUAUUCUGGCCAGAGUGAUCUAAGGAUCUGUAGUUCAAGAUAUCUUUCUAAUUUCUCUCAGAAACAUGAGGCGGAAAGAAAAACAACAACUGCAUCUGAAAGUUCAUAUCAGUUUCCGGAGAUGAGUGUUGUUUAUCUUGAUGACAUAGAGGAAUCUAAUGCCACCAUACAAGAUGGUAUAGACAAGGACCAAAGGAUAUUUAUGUUCAAAUCAAUCAACAUGCCUAGAAGAGAAAAUCUUGGAGCUGAAAUAGCUAGCUUGUCAGAUUUAUAUGGUUACAAUCAUACUGAAAAACUGAAAGAGACUAGUGAACUGUGGGGUGGAAGAGUGCAAUCCAGGAGCUAUAGAAUGAAGACUGAGUCAUCACGGAAGAGAUUGAAUGGGAGAUCACUCUCUUAG